CUGAAGUCAUCACAAACUCCUGAUCCGCUCUGCAACACUGAGGAAGUUUUCCCUCCGAGUCUCCAGUGAAGCGACAAGGGACGUGGGAUGCAUGGGAUGGGAUGAGGAGAAACACAGUGGACAAAGAUGUGAAUGGAGUGGGAGCCGUCAUCUAGAAGAACAUUAUUUCCUUAUUACACGAUAAGGAAAACAUGGCGAAUUCAAGUUCUCCGUACGCGGCUCCUCAACUGACCUCCGCUCACCAGGCUGAGAUCCUGGAAAAUCCACUCCGGACUUAUCUCCUGGGAAUCAUCAUCUCUAUAUGUGGGAAUGUCCUCAUCAGCAUUUCACUCAACAUCCAGAAAUAUGCCCAUGUCCGUCAGGCUCAGCGUGGCUCCAAGCCUUACUACACCUCUCUGAUGUGGUGGUGCGGUGUGGUUCUCAUGGGUGUUGGGGAACUGGGGAACUUUGCUGCUUAUGGCUUUGCCCCAGCAUCGCUCAUAGCCCCACUGGGCUGUGUGUCCGUCAUAGCCAGUGCUGUCAUAUCUGUGGUUUUCCUCAAGGAGACGGUGCGGGCCUCUGACAUAGUUGGUGGUACCCUGGCAAUAACAGGAACUUAUCUCCUGGUGACCUUUGCCCCCCAUACUUCCACACACAUUACUGCUCAUCUGGUCCAGUACUAUGCCAUCAGCUGGCACUUCCUGCUUUACCUGUUUAUAGAGGUCAUCAUCUUCUGCAUCCUGCUCUAUCUGUACAAGAUGAGGAAAGUGAAGCACAUAGUCAUUGUGAUGUUGCUUGUGGCCCUGCUCGCCUCUCUGACAGUCAUCUCAGUCAAAGCUGUGUCAGGGAUGAUCACAGAGUCAAUAAAAGGCCAGCUACAACUCAUCUACCCCAUCUUCUACGUAAUGGUUGUCGUCAUGGUUGCCUCCUGUGCCUUCCAGAUCAAAUUUCUCAAUCAGGCAAUGAAAAUGUUUGAUGCCACAGAGGUGGUUCCUAUCAACUUUGUGUUUUUCACCGCAAGUGCCAUUCUUGCAGGGAUAGUAUUUUACCAGGAAUUUGAAGGCUUGGCUUUACUGAACAUUUUUAUGUUCCUGUUUGGUCCUCCCUCAUUCUCUUUUUCCAGUUGUCUUUUGUCUUUCCUUGGAGUUUUCCUGAUAGCCCGAAACAGGCCAAAGAUAAAGCAACAAGAUCGCAAUUUCAUCGCAAUGGACAGGAUCCCAGGGAGAAGGCACACAGACAAAGUGCAGCCCGAGGCAAAGAAUCCGACAUACGGAUCACUGGCAGCCAAACUCAUGUGCAACAGAGCUGGCCAAACAGACGAUUCUUAGGACCAGCUCCAUCUGUUGGGACUGUAAUUUUGGUAGAUUUUUGUGUGUGCAUGCCUCUUCCUCUGUACUUCAAUAAUAUCUCCAUUUAUAGAAAUAAAUGGUAGGCAGUAAAUCAAGCCAGUGCCAGCUGAGCGCCAGUAUCAGUGGCCAUAUUGGUGUUAAUUUUUUAUUGCCAAAAAUGGUGAGGACCUCUCUCAAAGGAGUUCUAUUUAUCCCAGAGAAUUUUGUUUCUCUUGUGUUAACAGUAUUUCCAGCAGGGUAAUCAGUAAUACCUGAGCAGAGAGAUGGCCUCUAAAUGAGAUAAAACACCUCAGGAUCAAAGAGCAACAUCAGAUGCCUUAUUAGCAGCAACUUUUAAUUUGAAAAAUGGGUCUAGAAGGCCACGGUGAAAAAUGACUUCUGAUAAAACAUAUGAAUUAUGUUAAUUAACUGUGUAAAUUAUCUUUGUGUUGUCAAUAAACAGGGACAAAAUCUAA